AUGGAAUCUACUCAAUCCGCUCUCAAGAGUCCAUCCAAUGAGGUUGGAGAAAGCAAUGCAUCAUUGGAAAGGAUGAAUCGUGAGGAGAAGAACAAGGAGAAAGUGAUUUCGUUUAGAGACUUUUGGACGUCUUCAGAGGAUAUGAAACUCAGGGAGCUUGUUGCUGAAUAUGGUCCUCGAACCUGGACAAAGAUUGCAGAAAAAAUACAAGGACGAUCAGCUAAGACAUGUAGAGCAAGGUGGUUUCGUCAUCUUGACCCAGCGAUUAGUAAGAAAGCUUUCACUGACAAAGAAGAAGCGAUACUACUUGACGGUUAUGCAAAACAUGGUAACAAGUGGACUUUGAUCGCUAAGCAUCUCCCUGGAAGAACUGAUGAAGCAGUGGUAAACAAUUGGACGAGACUCAUGAAAAAAAAGAAUAGGAAGCCGAAGCAAUCUGCUUCUCCUCUUGAAGUCACUACAAACGUCGACACAACAGAAGAUAGUGCAAGUGAACUCACAGAUCAAGCAAUGCAAUACUCAUCAGCUCUUCAUUAUGGCUUACCUAUCAUGUAUGCAGUUCCCUUGGCAAUGGCUGCACCACAUGUGUCCAUGGCCAUUUUCCAACCAUCAUCAUCAUCAAAUGCAGUUGAUACAAUGGAGACCGAACACAUCGAGACCAAGAUACCACCGAAGUUUAUCGAUUUUCUCGGAGUUGAAGAGAGUGUUAAAGUCAAAGAGGAAACAGCAUGA